GCACAUGACGUCCGCACAAAGAGGCAAAAAACCCCAACACGACUAGUGUACUUAUUGUAACGUAUUUACUAAUGUUAAAAUCUAAUGUUGAGAAUUUUAUUUAACUAAAUUUGACUUUAUGAAAAUAUAAUUAUAUUUUGUAUGGAAGUCCUACCAUAUUUAGACAGCACGUUGCGUCCAAAUGGAGUGUAGAGGAAACUAUCCCGGUACCUGGAAGGUGGCGCAGAGUGGGACCUCUUAACAGCUUUCCACUCGCAGAUGUGUUGCAAUACGUACCGUAUUAUUAAUAGUCUCUGCACGGUUAUCAUUCAUUCAUGCAUUGACUUGAAGGCGGCACGCUAGGAGAGGGAGAUGAUGUUGCAAAAGAGAUAACAGUUGAGAUAACGAUGUGUGGACUGCUGGUGUACGUUAGCAUGCUCCAGGUUAGCUGUAGCUAGCAGCUCACCGGGUGAACAUCGGGCAUUUCACCUCUGAGGUCACUUGGAGUGAAGUGCUACUUCCCCUUUAAGGUGUCUGACAGAAAGAGAGAACUCUUCUGACCAUUUUGGACACGAUGGCACCUCACCCGGUGGUCCAAGCCAUCAUUGACCUCUCUGCUGGAGCUAUAGGGGGGGCUGCGUGUGUCUUCAGUGGUCAACCUCUAGACACCGCCAAGGUCAAGAUGCAGACCUUUCCCACACUCUAUCGAGGCUUCAUCCACUGCAUCACAUCUACCUACAAACAAGUUGGUAUAAGGGGCCUCUACCAGGGAACCUCGCCAGCUCUGAUGGCCAACAUCGCUGAGAACUCUGUGCUCUUCAUGAGCUACGGCUUCUGCCAGCAGGUCAUCCGCUUCACGGCGGGGCUGCACAGUGACGCCGUGCUCAGUGAUGUGCAGAAGGCGUGUGCCGGCUCAGUGGCAUCCAUCUUCUCUUCGCUGGUUCUCUGCCCCACGGAGCUGGUCAAAUGUCGACUACAAGCCAUGUAUGAGAUGGAGGUCUCAGGCAAGAUUGCAAGGAGUCAAAACUCAGUGUGGUCGGUGGUAAAGUCCAUCAUGAAGAAUGAGGGGCCGCAGGGCUUCUUUCAGGGUUUGACCACAACCAUUGCACGAGAGGUCCCUGGCUACUUCUGCUUCUUUGGUGCCUACGAGCUCUGCCGUAGCGGUUUUGCAGACUACAUGAAGUGUGACAAAGACGACAUAGGUGUGGCUCCGGUUGUUUUCAGCGGUGGUUUUGGAGGGGCAUGCCUUUGGCUGGUGGUCUACCCGAUGGACUGUGUCAAGUCCCGCAUCCAGGUCAUGUCCAUGACCGGCAAACAGGCUGGAUUUUUCAAAACCUUCAUGACCAUCGCACGCACCGAAGGUUUGAGAGCGCUCUACUCCGGCCUCACCCCCACCAUGGUCCGCACCUUUCCUGCUAACGGAGCGCUCUUCCUGGGCUACGAGGCCAGCCGCAAGGUCAUGAUGAAGCAGUUUGAGUGAAUUAUGCAUAUUUUUAAACAAGCUGUGAAGGAGCAGCAGGGGAUCUGCAUUUCUUUUGAACUUUGAAACAUAGUGUUUACAUAUUUUAAAUCAUGGUAUUAUUAUAUCUAUAUCUAUUUGAUGUGGAAUUGUCAACACUCCAAUUUCGCCUACCUCAGUGACAAAAAGCACAGAUAUUAUAUACUGUAUACAUAAAGUACAUCAAGUACUCCUUUUUAAUGCACAUGUUUUACACUAAAAGUGUUCACUGCUCUGAUGCAGCACUAAAAACUUUUUAGUCGACAGUUCAUUUGGUUUCAGAUCGAGUGUCAUAACAUUUCCGAGUUAUUAUUAAACAGACUGAUGGAUGCUCUAGAUUUCAAUAACGGUGAUACUGUGUUCUUAUAUGCCAAAUAUCUUAACUCAGCUGAAGCACUCCAUUGCAACUUACUAUCUCAAUUGUUUGUCUUCUGUCUGCUGUUUUCAUCCCAGCCACUCCUAUUGUGAAGUCCCCGCUAUUGCCCAGCACAAGGCUUGCCUUUUAUUGUGUCUGUGUGGUAGUGUGCAGGGUUGUUCCGCUGUUUUGAAGUACGGCACACCUUUUUACGAUAAAUCUGUUUAUUAACAUAACACCAACAGUUGAACACUAAAAGUAGUUGUGUACAGUAUAUAUAACAACCUUGAUAUUGUAGUUUGGAAAUUCAUAUUAAACUUUUCUC